AUGGCGAACGUGUUUACUAGGAAAUACAAACGUCCACGAACAACGACUUUUACAGACUUUGAUUUAUCUGAAACUGGUCCGAGAAUAUUCCCACGAGUGAUGUCCCCCACUCGCCGUCAAAAUCCUCAUUCAGUGGGGCUAAAAUACCAAUCACCGUACAACAAGGAUAAUCUCACAUUUGGGAUUUGGAAACCGGAUUUCAAUUCAAUUCAGAAGCGGUUGCCAGAUAUGAUCCGCCACACACAGGUAACGAACUGGACUUCUGGACACCACGGACCAUACAUUAGCAACUACGGUAAGCCACCGGACAUUCACUACACUUUAACAUCAACGUCUCGGUCAAGUUACCAAGAUCCCCUUGUGGUCUUCCCGACACUACAGGAUAAAUCACGUGUGAUGACACGUUUUGGACACACUCCGUGCAACAUUGGAAGAGGAAUCGUGCCGAACUUGCUACCACCACUUGUACAAUCACAUCGUGAUAAAUGA